GUUUCAUUCAUACUAGUAUAUAUUUUCAUUAAAGCUACACUCUUUUCACUCCACACAAAAUCCAUUUUCUUCAAGUAUCAACCAUGGGGGGUGAAAAGACCGCUAUCAUGGUACUCAAGGUUGAUCUUCAAUGUUCAAACUGCUACAAAAAGGUCAAAAAAAUUCUCUGUAAAUUCCCUCGAAUAGAAAUUAGAGACCAAGUAUAUGAUGAGAAGGGCAAUACAGUCACAAUCACUGUGGUUUGUUGUAAUCCUGAAAAACUUCGUGACAAAUUGUGUAGUAAAGGAUGUGGAGUAAUCGAAAGCAUUGAAAUCAAAGACCCCAAAAAGCCCAUAAAAACUAAUGUUGACAUCAUUGAAAAGCCUACAGAGUCCGAAAAACCUAAGGUUGUCAUCAUUGAAAAGCCUGAGGUUGUUAUCAUUGAAAAACCUAAAGAAAUCAUAAAGCCCGAAGAAGUUCCUAAACCUACACUAGUUGCUCUCGUAAUGCCAAUACUAAUUCAAGAAUACCCACAACCGCCACACGGAUAUUGUUGUGGACAAUGCUAUGAAGGCCAAAUCGGGGGCCCAUGUUAUCUAGGGUAUGGAAGACAGCCUAGGCCUGGGCCUUAUGGCUAUGGUACGGGUUGUUAUGUGAGCAGAUGUGAUCAGUACUUGAAUGAUGAAAAUGCUAAUGGUUGCUCAAUUACGUAAGGUGGCCCAAUUGUUAUGGUUCAAUGUCUGGGCUCAUCAAUGUGGGCUUCUAUUAGUGUGGUUGUCUUGUUUUCUUUACAAAUUGUUAUAAAUAAUAAACAAUGUAUAGUUAAUUUUCUUUUGUAAAAUAGAAUAAAAGUUGUUAACUAGAUUGUUGGCAAAGCCUUGAUUGAUUAAUAAAUGCCAUUUUUCAACAUUA